AAAGGAUGGGUUAUGGGUAGUUUCUCAGAGGGUUUUGGAGAUUCAAAGCAACAAAUUGUUUUCCUUUUCUCUUCAAUUCAUUUUCCUAAGAGAAAAAAACAAACCGAAAUUUCGAGCAAAAUGAGAGAAAUUGUUUCUGUCAUGGAAAACUAGUUUUUUUUUUUUUUUUGUUAGUUCACUUCGGAUUCUCCGACAAUUCGCCGAUCUUACAUUCGCCGGAAUUUCGCUUCGUCUGGUUAAAAUCGCGACCUCUGAACAGCAGUUACUCAAUUAGCUUCCUCUGAAUUAAGAGGCUUAAGGAUAUGGUUGGAGUAAUUUUCAACUCUCAAAGAUUGCGUUGCAAGCUUUCAAAUUGAGUGCUCAUUUAUCUGAUCACGGGUCUUGGAUUGCUGGUUUUUUGUGUUUGAUCCAUCUAUUUUGGCAUGGUUCCUAAGAUAUGGUAUUGCAGAAAAGGUUAGAGUACGGAUUUAAUGGCUAUCAGGCUCCGGCCAUGCCGCGAGCUUCCCGAUCAACUAGGAGGAGGGCUAAAUUUCGAAGAGCAGAAGACAAUCAAAAGUGUGCAUUUGACUUAUUGGCCACCGUAGCUGGUAAACUAUUGCAAGAGAGAGAGAAUCCAACCAUGUCUAGUGAUACAUCAUUAGAAAAGGAUCAGUGUGGAUUUGUCAAAGAGUGCCAAGAUGCAAAUAAACCAUCCAAAUCUGAGAUUUCUGAUGAAGGAAGUUGUGACAACAGUGGUUUCUCUCGUCUUUCUUCACAAACAAACAAAAAAAAUUGCGGUUUGAAAGAAUUCACACAUCUUGCAAUUGAUGGUGAUGUAGGGAUUGCUUCUAUAGUGACAAGUUCUAGUUGCUUAGAGAGGUUCAUUGCAGAGAAAAUGGUGGAUAGCAAUAGCCAUUUCAAAGUGGAAAAUGUUACUAGCAAAGUUAAUUUAGAUUUUUCUGAUUAUCCAAAGGAUAGUGAUUUCAAGUUAGAUGGCGAUACCAGUAAAGGAAAGGAUGAGUUGCAUAAAUUUGAGAAGGUGCCAAUUGGUAGUGGGAUUGACAUGUGUAAUUUUGAGGACCCUUUGGAUGUAAAUCCUCCUGCAUUGAUCAGUUUAGGUGGCAAUGCCAAAUUGUCUGGGUAUAAUGAUAGGAUUCCCUGUAGCUUGUUGUCCAAAAGUCGUGACAAUGUACCAGUAGUUAGUAGAGAUGAUGAUGAAAACUCUUCUGGGUGUACUCACCCUAUAAAUACUGAAACCAAGUCCUUUAGGCCAAAGACUUGUAUAGGUAAAAGAAUGGCUUCUAACUUUCAGAAAGUUGCUGAAAAAACAAAGAAUUAUGCACUUUCUAACAAUGAUGGAGAUUGGAAGCGAACUUACCUCAGCAAGAGGAACUGCAAUAAACACCAAAGUUCUCAGAUGAAUAUUCCUUUCAAAAAGAGGAAGCUUUUUAAUUAUCGCUCUGUUGCAAACUCUAAUGGAUUGAUCAGGAGAGGUGGCAUUUAUUAUUCACCUGAGAAUUGUAUGAAUCAGGAUGGAUGUGAUUCACCACCUGGGAUGCACAAAGUCCAAAUCUUUCAUGCAGACCCUGGAAUGUCAUCUUUGGAAGCAUGCCAACAUCAGACGUUACGAAGCAUAGGUUCUCAUGUGAAUCUUAGGAUCAAGUCAUUUAGAGUGCCAGAGCUUUUUAUAGAGGUUCCAGAAACUGCAACAAUUGGGUCCUUGAAGAGGACAGUGAUGGAUGCAGUGACUGCUGUGCUUGGAGGUGAAUUGCACAUUGGUGUUUUUCUCCAGGGAAAACAAGUUAAGGAUGACAGUAAAACUCUACUUCAAACUGGAAUUUCUCAUCAUAACGAGUUGGAUGCUUUGGGUUUCACCCUGGAGCCUAAUUCUUCACAAAGCCUACCGAUUGUAUGUGCUUCACAUUCUCCUCGUCCUAAAGCUGACAUAACUGAGCCUGUAAUAAGGUAUCCCUCCAGUCCAGCUGUAAUUCAUCAGAGGAUUCAAGGCAACUCUGACAUGUUACCUGAGCAUCAAGUAACCAGUUUAGGUAGACAUUUUGAAAGUGACCAUGAUUCAGCACCUUCUCCUGUCAAUGUGUCUGUUGACAAAAAUAUGAAAGAUUCCAAAGAACUGGUUACUGUUCCUGAAAUGGAUGAGGAACUAGCUAUGGUACCUGUACACCAGAAGCCAAAGCGAUCUGAGAUCGUCCAGCGUCGAAUACGCAGGCCUUUUUCUGUAGAUGAAGUAGAAGCACUGGUUCAAGCAGUUGAAAAACUAGGAACUGGAAGGUGGCGUGAUGUUAAGCUUUGUGCUUUUGAUAAUGCAAAUCAUCGGACAUAUGUGGAUUUGAAGGAUAAAUGGAAAACACUGGUGCACACGGCAAGAAUAUCCCCUCAGCAAAGGAGGGGUGAACCUGUUCCCCAAGAACUUUUGGACAGGGUUCUAGUGGCCCACGCAUAUUGGUCCCAGCAACAGACUAAGUCACAGCACAAGCACCAUCCAGAAACUGAAACUGUCUUCUCCUUUUAAUAAUAAUAAGGGCCAGGGUCAGGGGUUGUCAGCAGCAAGUGGCCAUGUGGAUGAUGAGGGUGCCUUGGUUUCUGACUUUUGUUAUUAGUGUCUUUUCCUUUUUUGCUUUCAAUAAAACAUUUAUGAAGCCUCUCUGUUUAUCAACCAUGUAAAAAGUGAUGAUGACAUGCAAAAUGUAAAAAUUAUCUUUGCUCAUGAUGUGGAUGCUUCCCUGUGUGGAGAGGCUGCUGCUUCUUGUAAAUUGAUUGAUGUAAUAAAGUGCUCGCUAACACAAUUCUUUUGCUUGUAAAUAUUUGAAAUUGUUCUGUAUAAAAUUGUUAUGGUUUUUUAUUGCUU